GCUGGAGGCUGAGGUCACUGCCUGCACCCAGGAGCCUCUCCCACCGGCUCCCGCUGCCGGGGCGGGGGCCAUUGACGUAGCGCGGUGCAAGGGCUCUGUCAACAGGUUCCCCCCGCCCCCCGCGCGCUCUAUAAAGUCGGGGCCCGGCGGCUUCGCGGCGCUUCAGCACCAUGGAGAGCGCCCGGCUUGUCGCUCUCCUGAGCGCCACCCUGGUGCUGCUCCUCGGCGCCCGCGGCCAGGAGGAGCCGGAGCUGCAGCCUCGCGCCCUGGACCUCUACUCCACCAUGGAGGACACGUCCCACGAGAAAGAGCUGAUCGAGGCGCUGCAGGAGGUCCUGGCGAAGCUGAAAAGUAAAAGGAUCCCGGUUUACGAGAAGAAGUUCGGCCAAGUCCCCAUGUGUGAUGCUGGCGAGCAGUGUGCAGUGAGGAAAGGAGCUAGAAUUGGGAAGCUCUGCGACUGUCCAAGAGGAACUUCUUGUAACUCUUUUCUUUUGAAGUGCUUAUAAAGAAUUCCCCACGGAACAACAAAAGGACCCAGUGACCUUGCCUGAAAGUAAUACCUAUGCUCACCUGAAGGCAGUGGAGAAAACCUCUUGUGGUUUGUUAUUCAGAGAAAGUCGGUUAGAAAUUCUAAAGAUGCCAGUGCAGUGCCAUGUCUGAUGUUCAGCAUUUGUGCUCUCUUUCUCUGUUUAAUUUUGUCAGUCAAAAUGUGUGUAUCGCUGUGUAAAGGAGUUUCUUAUAUUUGGAAAUUGUAUUUUUGUAUGUGGAAUGUCCUAACGCAAAUUAGAGCUAGACAGCACUUGUAAAUUACAGGCCUUUCCAGAAAUGAACUGAGGGGGAAACAAAGACAAAAUAAUAUAGCAUGUACAAAUUAUACAUAGUGAUGAUUUUAGUUUAUUGCCUUUUUGCGUUACAGUCUAUAAGUCUGCUUCAUGCUAGGGAAAUUGUAUGAUUGGCUACACCAUUCUGUUGACCAGCCCAUUUGGUGAAGCAGCUGCUGCUGCUGGUAUCACUAAGCCGUCAAAGCUCAGCUUUGGUGUCUCAGUUGAAAGACACUUUGGAUGCAGCAUGCUCAUUCCCUAGUGGGUGUGAAGUGCCUCAUUGCAAAAUACCAACUCUCCUGGAAAAAUAAGGAGUGGAUUUCAGAGGUUUCUCCAGCCCUCCUUGAUCAGAAGGGUGACUGCAUUUUGAUUUGGAACACAAAGGUGUAUAUGAGUGUGAGGGGCAAAACUUGGAAAAUAUGGGGAUCCUUCAGCUGUUGUUAGCGAUGCACAGGCACUUCUAUGUGAAAAACUCUGGCCCGGUAUCUUCAUUCAAUUAAGUACAUACAACUCCAUAACGGCCAGUGGGAGAGUGUUCAUGCCUCUGAGGGUAGAAUUUAGAUUUAAGGAUGAUAAUCUUACAAUAUUAGCAUUGUAAAUAUGAGGAAAUCUUGCAUGAAAUUGAUAGGACUCACUGGUAUAGUAACAUCUUCCUGUCUGACUAAAUAAUUGCUUUCCCAGGGCUACUAUAGAGAGAAACUGUCUAGAUUCAUUACCAAAUGAUGCAGAAUGUUUCAAUUAUUUAAAGGCACACAAGACAAAUUAUUCACAUAUUUCUAUAACAAACUGACGUAAAGCUUCUAUUACAUGUUUCAUAGGUGUCCUAUAUAUUUCAAAAAAGUCAUAAUGCGUUUUCAACCUUUAUUUACUUUAUUUACUCUCUGUUAAUAAAAUCAUUGUGACAAGGACAA